GUAGCAGUGUGCCGUAUGCUCAAAAGAGCUGUACAUGUGAAGUAGAAGUGCACUCGCUUCACCUUACUUCAGCGUCGAUGUAGUGGACAAGUUUAGGGAGCUUGUAGGCAAUUGAAAUUCAACCACUGACCGAGGUUUUCGGGGUUCUAAGGAGUUGAAAAUGAGCACGCGCAAUGUGGCACGUUUCUGGGAAUGGGGGCGGAAGAUAAUCUGCGUGGGGCGAAAUUACGCAGAACACGCCAAGGAGCUGAAGAACGAGCUGCCCACGGAGCCCGUGCUGUUCCUGAAGCCGCCGACGGCGUAUGUCAAGGAGGGAUCUCCGAUCCUUGUGCCUCACUACUCCACCAAUCUGCACCAUGAAGUGGAGCUCGGCGUGGUGGUGGGUAAAGCGGGCAGAGACAUCCCCCAGACCUCAGCCAUGGACCAUGUCGCCGGAUAUGCGCUGUGCUUGGACAUGACCGCGCGGGACGUUCAGGACCAAUGCAAAGCAAAAGGGCUGCCCUGGACUCUCGCCAAAGCCUUCGACACGUCCUGUCCCGUGAGCGACUUCAUCCCCAAAGAGCGGAUCCCGGACCCGGCAGGUGUCGAUUUGUGGCUCAGAGUGAACAGUGUCACUCGGCAGAAGGGCAGCACGGGGCAGAUGAUUUUCUCCAUACCCUACCUGAUCAGCUACAUCAGCAGGGUAAUGGCGUUAGAGGAAGGAGACCUCAUACUGACCGGGACGCCUAAAGGUGUCGGAGCCGUGCACGAGCAUGACGAGCUUCAAGCCGGCAUCGAGGGUGUCAUCAACAUGACAUUUAAAGUCGGCAAACGGGCUGACAAGAGUCCAAGAUCAUAUGAGAUGACAUAAUAGUGUCCUGGAUGUUCUGACACCGUCUCCAGCUGGAAGUGUUCCUGCAUCACACCCCAUGUGUCCAGGAUGACCUCCACAUCCACCACAAUGUUGACCACCAUAAAUUCCUGAAAAUGACUGAAUUAAAUAUAACAAGUAAUCUAGUAAUGCUGUUGUCUCUCUGUGUGAUCUUACUUGUGUGAUUAUUUUAAAACAGCAAAUAUAUAUAGACAAAAGACAAACUAAAGACAAAAUACAUAGUGUGUAUCAAUUCACACUGACCUAGAAAAAAAAAUGGCUCCAGCUUCUAACACAUUUUGCUGUCACUGUAAUUCAACUCACAGAAAUAUUUUCUAGUGCAGCUGACAGAAUAAAUUGUGUUUGAUACUUAAAAACCCAUAUAAAAAAACAUUUUGUACUUUUAGUUUCUCUUUCUUCAGGUAUUUCCUCAAAACAUGUUUCCUGUGACAGUGCUAGCUUCAGUUUAUAGUCUUUUUUAAUUUUAUUUUUUUAAACUCAUGCAUGCUAUAUAAAUGUU